AUGUCCUUUACAUUGAUGGUCAGUGGGAAGAAUGUCCUUUACAUUGAUGGUCAGUGGAAGAAUGUCCUUUACAUUGAUGGUCAGUGGGAAGAAUGUCCUUUACAUUGAUGGUCAGUGGGAAAGAAUGUCCUUUACAUUGGUAGUCAGUGGGAAGAAUGUCCUUUACAUUGGUGAUCAGUGGGAAGAAUGUCCUUUACAUUGGUAGUCAGUGGGAAGAAUGUCCUUUACAUUGGUGAUCAGUGGCAAGAAUGUCCCUUACAUUGGUGGUCAGUGGGAAGAAUGUCCUUUACAUUGGCGGUCAGUGGGAAGAAUGUCCUUUACAUUGGUGAUCAGUGGGAAGAAUGUCCCUUACAUUCAUGAUCAGUGGGAAAAAUGUCCCUUACAUUGGUGGUCAGUGGGAAGAAUGUCCCCUUACAUUGGUGGUCAGUGGGAAGAAUGUCCCCUUACAUUGGUGGUCAGUGGGAAGAAUGUCCCUUACAUUGGU